GCAAUGACCAUGAAUCAUUUACCCAUUGCUCUCAUGGUUUUUCUUUUGAUUUCUCCUCUCUCUUUUAUCAGAGGGGACGACUCUCCAUGCUGGUCUAUGAAUGGGAGAUGCCAAUACACAUCAGAACCUUGUUUUGAAUAUAAAGCGGGAUAUUGUGCUGGACCAACCAACAGACAAUGUUGCGUUCUUGGAAAGGAUAUACAAUGCUGGAACAGAGGUGGAUAUUGCCAAAACAAUUCGAAUCGAUGUAGUGGCAGAUAUCUGAGAGGUUAUUGUGGCGGAGGAUUAUCUCGCCAAUGCUGUGUGUAACGACACCUGUUUUUCAAUUCCCAAUUUCUG